CAACAGCAUCUUGUUCAUCGCUUCAAGGAAACUCAGAAACAGAUUAUUCAGUCACCAACACAAAAUUGCAAGUGACUAUGGCAAGUCGCACGUCUAGUGGCAGGAGAGCAUGGUACCAAGGCGUGCCACAACCCGGCAUGGGACAGCAGCACACGGCGCAGCAUCAUCAUCCUCAACCACAGCAACCCCGGCAACGGAACGAGCAACGACACCAGCAAAGCCCGCCACAACAACAGCAACAAUAUCAACAGCAGCAGCAGCAGCAGCAGCAGCAGCACCAAAAGCAGCAGAUGGAGCUUCUCAAGUUUCUUCAAUGCCUAAUGAACGACCAGACAAACCAAAUCAUCGAACGAUGGGUGCACCUUCUGCAAAAAAACUUUAAUGACCCAAACUUCAUCCGUCAAUUUCAAGCGUGCAUCGCAGGGCCGAAAAGCCAGCGCAGUCUUAUGGAAAAACAGGGAUCACCAGCAGAGACCAAAUUAGUUUUGGACAGGCUUGAGCGACAGUCAAAGCUAUGACCCAAAUGACGGCGAAGUUGGCUGGGCAGGUGGAACUCACGCUGGAAGCAAUAAGGAAUAUGGAAACGCGAGUGGCGUCAUUGGAGGGUAACACUACCCGAGGGAUGGAAAUCCUGAAAGAUAUAAGCAUAUCCUGCGCUGGCGCCGCUACUGUCGGUGGUGCGAAGACCAGGCAGACGAAACCCCAAGUGGGUAGCGUACCUCCCAGGAGGUCAGGCCGUGUCACAAAGCAAAGAAAGACGGGAAAAAAUUAGUCUGAUAGCCGGGGUUGACGGCGCAUCGCUGGUCGUUAUAAUUAACUGGUCUUUUGAAUGAG